AAAUGUCAAUAAAUCAUAGUAAACUUUUGUAAACUGGACCUGGGCACUGGCCUAUUUCCCCAAAACACCAGAAAAUGGCCAACAGAUCCGUAGCGCCCAUACCCAAAACACAUGAGAGAACUCCAGGUCCUAGGGGUCAGGAUACCAAGGGCAACAAUGAGCUCUUCCUCAAGGAGGUCUUCAAUACUACCAACAAAUAUCGGGCUAUGCAUGGCUGUCCGGCCUUAACUCUAAAUGCUGAGCUGAAUAAAUUGGCUCAAGAAUGGGCUAAUCAUCUUCGGGACCAAAACAUAAUGGCACACCGACCCAAUCCCAAGUACGGCGAAAACAUUUUCCUCUCUGGUGGAAUGGAUGUGACCGGAGAUCUUCCAGUGGAAAUGUGGUAUCGGGAAAUGAAUAGCUACGACUUUAAUAAGGCUCAAUUUGCACCUACUGCCGGACAUUUUACGCAGCUAAUCUGGAAGGCCUCGAAGGAAAUGGGUUCGGGUGUGGCUCGCAAAGCGGACAGAACGUGGGUGGUUUGCAACUACAAUCCUCCCGGCAAUGUUGUGGGUUUGUUCAAAGAUAAUGUGCCUCCUAAAAACUCAUAAAAUAGAUUUAUCUUUCAAAAUCUGAAGUAUAUUAAAAACGCAGUA